CAGGGAGAUUGGAGUGAGGAAGUGGAGACUACUGACUUUCGUUUCCCUCGAUACACUUAUUUAUAUACGCACUUUGUACAGUGGAAAGAGGAACUAACAGCUGCAGAAACUAGAAGGUUCACAGGGACACAGUUGCACUGUGUGGUUCUGUCACCCAGGUGGACAAACUUUUCCUGUCCGUGAGGAGCCCCGCGCGAGAAACAUGAUGGAGGCAGCUCAUCAAGAAGAUGUGGUAGGGGAUGUUGAUCAAUUUGUAGCACCUCCCAAUGGCGGCAUAAAUGAACUGCUGAAUGUGGGGCAAGAAGACAACACGCAGGGCCAGAUGGAGGAGUUUCUGAGCCCACAGGCAGAGUACAACGAGGAGGAGGAGGAGAGGAAAUACUACAGGAGGAAGAGGCUGGGAGUCAUCAAAAAUGUUCUUGCAGCCAGUGUUGGAGCCAUGAUUGUGUACAGUGUGUACCUGGGCCUACUGCAGAUGCAGCUGAUCCUCCAUUAUGAUAUGACCUACCGUGAGGUGAAGUACAGCAACCUUGGCCUGGAGGACAUCGACCGCAAGAUGCUGAUGGGCAUCAAUGUCACACCCAUCAUAGGCCUGCUGUACACCCCCGUACUUAUCAGGUUUCUAGGUACUAAGUGGAUGAUGUUCCUGGCUUCAGGAAUCUAUGCACUCUUUGUGUCAACCAAUUACUGGGAGAGGUACUACACCUUGGUUCCAUCAGCUGUAGCCAUCGGUGUGGCCAUUGUGCCGCUCUGGGCCUCGUUGGGAAAUUACAUUACAAGGAUGGCUCAGCAGUACUAUGAGUAUGUAAACUACAAGGAAGAGCAUGUGCAGGAGCAGAAGAAGCUUCCUAAGGGAGCGUGCCACAGCUACAUCAUUGUUUUCCAGUCAGUCUUCUCCAUCAUAUUCCAUCUGAGUUUUGUCUUUGCGGAGUUCCCCAUGCGUUUUGUCCUCAACAGCCACCUGCAAGAAGAAAAACACAUUCUCCAUAAUGUCAAGGGCUGUGGAGCAAACAUCAGUGGAGUGAUCCCUGGCUUCAACACCACCGUGCUCACCAAUCUGCCUCGCUCCAUGCUGCUCAUCCAGGUGGAGAGUGUUCUCAUGGGCUUCGCCUUCCUUGCCAUGAUCAUCUUCCUUGUGCUGUGUGGUGCUGCCUACCGCCCGACAGAAGAGAUUGACCUUCGCAGUAUCGGCUGGGGAAACAUCUUCCAGCUGCCUUUUAAACACCUGAGAGACUACCGUCUACGAUUGCUCUGCCCCUUCUUCAUCUACAGCGGCUUUGAAGUGCUGUUUGCUGUCACAGGAUUCUCCCUGUCCUAUGGAGUCUGUGUUUUGGGCCUGAAAAAACUGUGGCUUCUCAUAGUCGUCUAUGGCCUCUCCUGCUCCAUCUUUUCCUCCCUCUCCCUUUGCCUCCUACGCCUCCAGCGCUGGGUGUGUCUGGCGGGGGGUGCUACUGUGCAUGGGGUGCUGCUGGUGGCUCUCCUGGCAUUGUCUCUACCUGCUAACAAGCCAGAUGUGUAUGAGGGCCCUCUGCUGGUAAUCUCUGUGCUGUGGGGACUUGGCACAGCCCUGAACAAGACAGGAGUCAGCACUCUGCUCGGUAUGCUGUACGCUGAGGAAAAAGAACGUCUGGACUUUGUCUAUACCAUCUAUCACUGGUGGCAAGCCAUCGCCAUCUUCAUAGUCUACCUGUGGUCCAACCUGCCUAUGAGGGCCAAACUCUCCAUCCUUUUGGCCACUUUGUUGCUGGCCUGCUACUGUUACUUGGUGAUGGAGCGUCGGCUGUCCAUGAAAGUGCCUUACAGACUGCCUCGCAUCCCACGGCCACGGCACAAGGUCAAAGGCUACCGCUACCUGGAAGAGGACAACUCAGAUGAGUCAGACUCAGAGAGAAGUGAGGAGGAUGACAAGGAAGAGAGGGAGGACGGAGAGCAUGUGCCGGAGGAGAUGGGAGCAGAGGACAGGGAGGAAGGAGGCCAAGACGCAGGGGUCCAAGGAGCUGACUCACCGGUAGCCAGGAGGAGAGGGGCUGAGGGUCACCGCCGUAGCUGGGAGAACCCUCAUGUGAAGGAGGAAAUGAGGGAAGAGCGUGAGGGAGGGUGAGAGAGGAGAGAGAGAAGGAGCAAUGAGGGGAGAUAGUGGACAGAUGACAGAUAAACAGAAGAUGUCCUGGAUGCUGCUGUGCUCAUGACUCCAUUCAUAGAUUUUUUCAACAGAUACUUAUACAUAAUGUAAUUCUUACAUACUCCACUGAACAAAAGCAUUGCCCUUGCAUAAACUUUAACUUUCAUUACCUGUUCAUAAUAAAAUCACAGCAGUGAUCCAGAAGAAAGGUUGCAGAACAGCCUUUAAAGGUAGCACACACACAGAACAAAACAUGACUACAACUCAGGAUACAACAACAACAUUUUGUUUUUCUUAUGCUGCACAGUAUGUGGCUCAUAUUUACCAAUCUGCCAAUAAUUAUAGAGGGCAGAGCAGCUGCUGCUUCUGUGCUUCAUCAAGUAGAAAACAUAUUGUGUAACAUACAAACUAGUUUCAUUUUAAAAAGAGCACUUAUCUGGAAAGAAAGAACUGCAAGCCAGAGAAAAUGGAAUGAGGAAUUGAUUUUCUGAGUUUAUCCUCAGGGUGAAGUGUUUUGAUGGAGUCAUUUUUAGAGAGCUUGGUCUUGCUGGAUAUGAACAGUGUAAGCAGCCUUGGCUAUAUUUGUUCUUCUGUCUUUGUUUAUUUUCAACCCCUUAAUUUAUGCACAUUUCUUAGAGAAAACAACCUAGCUGGAGCUAUUAUCAGAAGCUCAGACACAUGUCUGUUAUUGUAUCUCAUGGUAGGAGUAAAACAUACUAUUUCCUGAAGUUGAAUAUGAAUGUAUGUUUAUGUUUAAAUAUAGUUAAUUACAUUUUGGUAAACAGUGGCCUCAGGAAUAACAUGGUUACUAAUAUUUGGAGUGAUGCAUUGUUUUUCAUAAAAUCAUCUACAACAACAAUAAACAAGAUUCAAAAAUACACAGAAAUGCUAGUGUUUCUACUUCAGAGCUGUGCUGUGAGCUAAAGAUUCAUACUGACUAUGUUUAAAUGUACAAAAUACUCUGUUUUCAUACCUCUAUGCCCGCGAUAGUCGUGGCUGGAGGCAUUAUGUUUUCGAGUUGUCCGUCUGUCUGCCCCAUUCUUGUGAACACGAUAUCUAAAGAAAGCCUUGAAGGAGCUUCCUCAAAUUUGGCACAAAUGUCCACUUGGACUUAAUGAUGAACUGAUCAGAAUUUGGUGGUCAAAGGUCAAGGUCAGUGCGACCUCACAAAACUUGUUUUUGCUAUCCAUUAAAGGCAAAAAGCCCGCAAAAAUAAUCUAAACAAAAAAACAACAACAUGUUUUUGGCCAUAACUCAAGAAUUUAUAUGCUAAUUAUAACAAAAUUUCACACAAAUGUCCAACAGGAUGAAAUACUGACAAAUGAUGAAGUGACUGUGACAUAAUGCUGUGCAAAAACACUUUUCUGGCCAUUACUUAAUGUAAUAUCUCAGUAACAGAAGGGGAAACAUUUGGUCAGAUACUGAAUUGGUGACAAUAAUCGUGGGUGCCCACCUUGAUUGUUGUUGUUGCUGCUGAUUGUACAUGUCGCUUACCAUGCCAAAACAUGAGAAAGUGAAACGGCUGGAGAUGCUUGUGCCAGUGUGCUUCUAAUGGAUCAAAAAAUGAUUUUUCCCACCAGUAGCAGAUUUGUUCAACCAUGCAAACAUAACCCAUUCUCUUCCAUUUCACCAACCACCUUCUUUUGAAGGUUGGUGUAGUGAUAUUUAUGCAUAUCCAAAAACCCGUUGGUAUUCAAGUCUCUCAUAAUGUUUGAAAGUAGUGUUUCUCCUUCGUAUCCAUGACAAUGCACAGAGCCAACUGUAAACAAGACAAGAGGCCGCAUGUCACAAACUGUUGAAAAAAAAAAAAAAAACCUGGUUGAGAAGCAUGCUCUGAAUGUGCUGUAUAUACAGUAUGUCCAAAGAAUGGAAUAACACCGGCAUAUCUUAAUCGGAAAAUGCUACAUUCAGUCACAGUCUGCUCUGAUGCUUUGCUGCUGCUGUGGGAGUUUUCACACAUCCUACCUCUGUCUCUCUCCCCACCUGGCCACACCUUCUCAUCAGCAGUAUUAUUCACACCUGUUGCUCCUAGCUGGAUCUCAUCAAGUCUCAUCAUCAAGUCAGUAGUACAUAAGUAGCCCUGGUUCACUCGUUGCUAGAUUGUCUUUGUGAAAAUACCUGCCAGCUCCCCGUUCCCUGGAUUCCCCCAUUGAACUCUGAACUGUUGAUAGUGAGUUUUGCCCACCAGCUCACUUUCUGCUCACACGUCCAUUAUCAAACUGUAUCCUGUGCACGUGAGCUCACCUACGCCCACCCACUAAGUCAGCUCAACUCAAGGACUAAAGACUGUGCAUACUCAUCCGAAACCAAGUUCAUACUUAGCUGUUGUCUGUUAUUACCUGUGUACCAUUCAACCUGCAGAGAGAGCUUUCAAUAAAGGACAUUACAAACUUAA